UCUAACUCACCAAUUAAGGAAAAGUGAAAUCAUAAAAUGCUCCGUCCUGAUGUUCGAUUUUGGCCCAUCAGAUCAGUACCGGAACCUGAACCGUCCGGCAAGGGAGGAAGAAGUUCCAGCCACCAAAAAUCCAUCCUCCCCUGAUCAGCGCAGCACCUUCUGAAGUCUUUGUCAAGCUCUUAAGUCAAAUGGACGUGCAUGGGUUAUUAUCAAGGCCUGACUUUUCAACUCUCUCACCGUGACUAUAUCUAUGUAUGCGUGUCUAUGGAGAAACCUUCAACACGAUCGAACCAUACAUAUAUCAGUCUUCAUCUUCAACCAAUAGACCCCCGUCCAGGGAUUGUGUAAGAGACUCCUCUAUUCUAUCUGCUGCGUCUGUGAAUGAGUAACCUGCCACCAUGGAUGAAGAGUAUGACGUUGUAGUGCUCGGGACCGGUCUCAAGGAGUGCAUCCUCAGCGGUCUUCUCUCCGUCGAUGGCCUUAAGGUUUUGCACAUGGAUAGGAAUGAUUAUUAUGGAGGAGAGUCGACGUCGCUGAAUCUUGUCCAGCUGUGGAAGAAGUUCAGAAACAGCGAUAAGCCCCCGGCGCAUUUGGGCUCCAGCAGGGAUUACAAUGUUGACAUGAUCCCGAAGUUUAUGAUGGCAAAUGGAACUCUUGUUCGGGUGCUCAUUCAUACAGAUGUGACGAAGUACCUCUACUUCAAAGCUGUCGAUGGAAGCUAUGUCUACAACAAGGGGAAGGUUCACAAAGUACCGGCCACUGAUAUGGAGGCCCUUAAAUCUCCACUUAUGGGUAUUUUCGAGAAGCGCCGUGCCGGUAAGUUCUUCUCGUAUGUCCAAGGCUAUGAUGAGAGCGAUCCGAGAACGCAUCAGGGGAUAGACUUGACAAGAGUGACAACCAAAGAACUGAUUGCGAAAUAUGGUCUUGCUGAUGACACUAUCGAUUUUAUUGGGCAUGCAGUGGCGCUUCAUAGAGAUGAUAGGUAUCUGAACGAACCUGCACUUGACACUGUCAAGAGAAUGAAGCUUUAUGCGGAGUCCGUAUAUCGCUUUCAAGGAGGAUCCCCUUACAUCUACCCCUUGUACGGGCUGGGAGAACUCCCUCAGGCUUUUGCCAGGCUUAGUGCAGUUUAUGGUGGUACAUACAUGUUGAGCAAACCAGAGUGCAAGGUUGAGUUUGACGAGGAAGGCAAAGUUAUUGGUGUCACAUCAGAAGGGGAAACUGCUAAAUGCAAGAAAGUUGUCUCUGAUCCUUCCUACUUGCCUAACAAGGUCAGAAAAAUCGGGAAGGUUGCUAGAGCGAUCUCCAUAAUGAGCCAUCCAAUUCCAAACUCCAAUGAUUCGCAUUCAGUACAGGUUGUCCUGCCCCAGAAGCAGCUGGGUCGCAAGUCUGACAUGUACGUUUUCUGCUGCUCGUACUCUCACAAUGUCGCACCAACUGGCAAAUUCAUCGCAUUUGUUUCAGCUGAGGCUGAAACAGAUAAUCCCGAGCUAGAACUGAGGCCAGGAGUAGAUCUUCUUGGACCGGUCGAUGAGAUAUUCUACGACACUUACGAUAGAUAUGAGCCUGUCAAUGAACCCUCUCUGGACAAUUGUUUCAUAUCAACGAGUUAUGAUGCCACGACCCACUUUGAGUCCACCGUCUUGGAUGUGCUUAACAUGUACACCAUGAUCACUGGGAAGGUCCUUGAUCUCAGCGUGGAUUUGAGUGCCGCAAGUGCUGCACAAGAAUGAAAGACCAUGUCUACUUCGGGUUCCUGCAUUUUAUCGGUUUUAUUCCUCGUAUCCACUGCGUUCAAUGUGGAAACCAGCGCUGAGCUAGAUGAAAGUUAUCUCUGUGAUUUCUUGUUCCUACCGAGGCUAUGAGCCAUGUGAUAGAAUCAUUGUCAUGUGUUAAAAUGAUUCCUUUGGGUCCCUUUCCAUUUUGAACUUUUAGAACUGUAUAUGUUGAGAAUCUUUUGUAUGAACUCUUGAUUUGAUCAGGGUAGAACUCGAUCUUAUUCGAGAUCUGAACUCAGCUUGGAAACUCCUCUUCAUCUUC